ACGAUGGAGACCAACCUUCCAGAAAAUUCCCCCAGCUGUGGCCGCGAGGACACGGAGGCUGUUUUUGAUGCAAAUCCAUCCUCUGAUCAGACCGAUCGACUUCCAAAGGAGAACGUCGGAGAGGACGACCGCAAUGUAGAUGAUGAGGAGAUUGUCCAAGGAGAAGUGACCGCAUCUUCAGGUCCCGUGUCCGAUCCCCAUCUCGAGUACCUGAAGAUUUCCGAGAAUAUCGAUGAGUUUCUCUCGUCUCUCCCCUCUAAUACAGAUGACGACAAUGAAAACGAAAACGUCGUCCCCGUACAAAUCCCUCACGAGUUGAUCGAGACGUUCUUGGAUCAUCUCGUGGAAGCCAAGCUUUCAAAGCUUGAGGGAGCAGCCCAGUGGGGUGAUCCGGACGAGGACUUGUCGUUUCUUGAAGCUGUGCAUCGUAUAUCCAACCUGACCAAAUCCCUCCGUCAAUUGAAAUUGGACUCUCACGGCUCUCAGAUAUUCAAUCGCAUCGGAGGCAUUCACCAGCGAGCCAUGUCGUUUCUGGAGGAGGAAUUCCGGUUUCUCCUAGAAGAAUCUCGGACCACCGAGUCCGAUACGAAAGGGAGGCAAGAUCAGCACCUACAGAUGGAAUCUGAAUCAACCGGAGACAUGAUCAACUUCCCGGGGUACCCCGACGAUGUCGUGUCAAGUAUGAACAAAAUGGCGAAGGAGAUGAUAUCGGGUGGCUACGAAUCUGAGUGUUUCCAGGUUUACAUGGCGGCGAGGAGCAACGAGUUGGAAGAGAGCUUGCACAAGCAGCUAGGGUUCGAGAAGCACAGCAUCGACGAGGUCCAGAGAAUGCAAUGGGAGUCGCUAGAGCGAGAGAUCGCCACGUGGAUCAAAGCCUUCAAGCAAUGCGCCACCCUGUACUUCUCCGGAGAGAAGACCCUAGCCGAGGCGGUCUUCUCGGACCAUCCCUCCAUCUCCGCCAGCCUCUUUGGCAAUCUCACUCGCGGCGUGCUCAUACAGCUUCUUGACUUCGCCGAAGGCGUGGCAAUGACGAAGCAGCGAUCGGCGGAGAAGCUGUUCAAGUUCCUCGACAUGUACGAGAACUUGCGAGAUCUGAUGCCGUCUAUGGAAUCCCUGUUUGAAGGUGAGUGCGGGGAUGACCUCAAGACGGAGAUAAACUUAGCACGUUGCCGUCUGGGAGAGACGGCGAUACUUAUGUUCUGCGAUCUCGAGAACUCGAUCAAGUUCGACACGGGGAAAACUCCGGUACCAGGAGGAGCGGUCCACCCCCUGACUCGCUACUCGAUGAAUUACCUAAAAUACGCAUGCGAGUACAAGGACACCUUGGAGCAAGUCUUCAGAGAGCAUUCUAAGAUCGAACGUGCUGACUCGAUUGACAGACCACAGUACUUGGAGGAUGAAACGCAGAGUCUAAAUAAUCAGAACGAAACCCAGUCUCGGUCCCCAUUUUCGGCGCAGUUGAUGAGAGUGAUGGAAUUGUUGGACUCCAAUCUGGAAGGAAAGGCUAAGCUGUAUAAGGACGUGGCUUUGAGCAACAUCUUCAUGAUGAACAACGGGCGGUACAUCCUACAGAAGAUAAAAGGGUCCGCGGAGAUCCACGGGUUAAUGGGCGACACCUGGUGCCGCAAGCGGUCGUCGGAUAUGAGGCAGUACCACAAGAACUACCAAAGAGAGACGUGGAAUAAGCUAUUGGGCUGUCUGAACCACGAGGGGUUGAACGUAAACGGGAAGGUGGUGAAGCCGGUUCUGAAGGAGAGAUUCAAGAGCUUCAACCAGAUGUUCGACGAGAUACACAAGACGCAGAGUACCUGGGUGGUCAGCGACGAGCAACUUCAGUCGGAGCUUCGGGUGUCGAUAUCGGCGGUGGUGAUUCCGGCGUACCGAUCGUUCUUAGGAAGAUUCUCGCAAUACUUGCAAGCUGGGAGACAAACGGAGAAGUACGUGAAGUUCCAACCUGAAGAUAUCGAAGACUGCAUUGACAAGCUAUUCGAAGGGAAUCCCGCGUCGACUGCCAGGAAGAGACCAUAGAGGUCCACAACCGCAAGCAUUGACUGAUGUAUGAGUUAAUAUUAAUGGGUUGAUUAAAUUCUUAUUUGUUUAUUUUUUUUAA